AAGUGAUGAUAGGGCCGUGGGAAAAAAUCGAAAAUAAUCUCUAGGUAAAACCCUAAACCAGGUGGAAGAAGAAGAUGGGUAGUGUCUCAAAGCUACUGGCUGAAGGAUCGCUGGUUGAGGUCCGCUCGAGAGAAGAAGGCUUUGUUGGAGCUUGGUUCGAGGCAGUCGUACUCGGCCCUGCGGAUCCUCAUCUUUCAUCACUCCCAACAUCGGCCUCCUCCAACAACAACAAGAAGAAGGUCUAUGUUGAGUAUCAAACCCUCAUUUCCGACAAUGAUGAAGAUGACGAGCCAAACAAGCCUUUAAGAAAGCUCGUCAGCCCAUACGUCAUCCGUCCCCGCCCUCCUCCAAAUCAUACUACUAACAAGGGUUUCGCGCUCUACGACAUUGUUGAUGCUUUUUACAAGGGUGGCUGGUGGACUGGCUUCGUGACCGGAGUUCUAGAAUCUUCCUCUCGCUACCUCGUCACCCUCCGCAACCCGCCGGAAGAGCUUGAAUUCGGUCCGUCUGACUUGAGAUUCCAUCGCAGGUGGGUCAAAGGAAAGUGGAUGGAGCCCGAAAAGGACAAAUCUGCCGCAGGAGGUGCAUUGACGAUGUUUAGGGUUGGGGAAGAGGUAGAAGUCUCCUUUGACGGAGAUGAUUGUAGAGAUGCUUGGUUUCCUUCGACUGUGGUCAAAACUCGUGGGAAUGGAGCAUUCGUGGUCAAUUGCUGCAGAGCGAACGCUGAAAAUGAGAAAGAGGUAAUUAGAGUAGCUGUUGAUGGCAGCCAUAUCCGACCAUGCCCUCCCUCUCCCCUCUUAAAAAAUAAUACAAAGACUAAUUUUGAUUUGCUUGAGGAAGUAGAUGCGUUUUAUGAUUUUGGCUGGUGGUUUGGAGUGAUAAGGGAAGUACUUACUGACAGUAGGUAUGUUGUUGUCUUUGAGCAUGAGAAAAAGAACAAGAGGAAAGAUGAGGAGAGGGUUUUCAAUCACUUGGAAUUAAGACCUCACAUGAAUUGGAAAGAUGGAAAAUGGUAUACUUCUGAGGGUAAACCAGUCCGGCCGCCAUGUAACUAUACCGCCCUUGAGGAUAUUGGGGAAAACAUCAAUGAUGUGGAGGAGGAGAUGAUGACCCAAAGUGCUUCUGGCAGCCAAGGAGGAAAUGUGACAGUUUCACUGGUGAGAAGUAAGAAGAAGCGUUGUCGUCCUCUAGCAGAAUUGUUGCUGCAAAAGGAAGGAGAGGUUUCAAAUCAAUUGCCACUGCCAUAUCCUCUCCUGCUUAACAAAUGUAAGAAAAAGGCAGGAAAUGAAUGUGAAGCUGUGGAAAUCCCAUCUGGACAAAAAGUUUCAAUUCCAACUAGUUCUGUUGCUGCUCAAGGUGAAAUGGGUGGUGAUCAAGUAGAAACUGGAAGUAAUAGUAGGAAUGAAGUUGAAGAAGUUGCUAUUCAAAAGAGACAGAGUGGAAGUGCACGGAAUUCUAGCAAGUGUAAUAAUACACUCAGGCUGUGUUUUGGAUCCUGAGAAAUGCUAGCAAGUUGCUAUUCAAAAGAGAAAGAUGGAAAGGAAAAGAAAAUGUUAAAGGAAGUUAUUUGCUCAUGUUUUGCUUAAACUCAGAAAGUGCAAAUGACAUGAAAUAUGACUAAUAUUUCUAAAACAGUUACAAUUUAGUUUUCUUAGUAGUUGUUUAAAAAAUGAGUUAUAACGAGCAAUAAAUUUUAAUUUAUUAAAUUUCAAAUAAUGUUUUAUAUUUAUCAACAUUUUCUUUCCUUCCAGAUCUCUUUUAUAAUUUUCUCCAUGUUUGGUUUCCCUAGCCUUUUGCGGGUUUCAAACGGACCCUGAGGAAAAGGGGAAAGGGCAGAUGCCUGAUGUACUAACCUCACCAAAUUCCAGAUGCUGCUGCUGUACAUGAGACUUGUGAAUCAGGAGAGAAUUCAGGUGUGCAAAAUCAUCCAGCUACGGGCAAUGGAGGAGAAGUUCUUGAAAUAGCUACUACUUCUGUAAGUGAACAUCUCCAAAGCAGAUUUCUUCCAUUCAAGAAGACAAAAUUAAGUCAAUGGGACAAAAUAGAAUCCCGAGAUGUUUUCCAGAAAUAUCCACAGAAGCCACAUUUUCAGCCGCUUGAACAUAUUGAGGACAGUUAUCGUGAACCACUGAUGAUCUAUUACAUGACAACUUUCGCUGAUAUAAUUGAUGACGCUCGCUUUUUGGGGUUUGAUGGUCCUAGAAGCACCAUCGACGAAAUGCUGAACACACUCUGCGUUUUGGAGUCUCAAGGGUUCAAUGUUGAGCCUGCUCGCCGUCACUUAAAUGAGAUUCUGUCAUAUAAAGACAAAAAAGAACAUCUCCAGAACUUGUUGACUCAAACCCGUGGUGAAAAGGAGAAGCACAAGAUGGAGAAAGCACGUAUUGCUGAAGAGGUUGAUGAGCUGAAGAAGCAAAUGGCUAAGUUGGAAAAUGUCAUUGCUUCUGCACAGUCCAGGGAGGAUGAGAUCAAUAAGGAAAUCACACAUUUGUGCCCAGAUUAUGACACUUUAUUAUCACUUUAAUCUAUUCCAACUUCAAUCAGGUGACAAAGUAAUGUUGAAGACUAAGGUAGGAGUAGUUUGUAGUGUAUACUGUGUAUUUAUGGAAAAUUACGUUUCUGCAUGCCCAUUUGUAGACGUCCCACGUCCCCUAUAUUUUGUAGUUACGAUCCAUCUUAAAAAUGCAAAAAUUAUCCGUGACACGGAUAAAAUAUAGACAUGACUUGUGCGCCAAGAAUUAGUCUACACAAAUUCUUUUUGUACACACUUUUUUGUACACCCCAUCUUACACACGUAUGUGAG